UCAGGGAAGAGUGUGCCUCUUCCCGGGAAUCACUAACUGCUAAGAUGUGCUUCUUUGGGCAGCUGCAUGCCAAGCCCCUGCCAAGGCUACUUUUGCCCAUAUGUGUUGAGUGACCUGGCCACACACACUCCUGCCUGGUUAUGCAAGUAAGACAUUUCGGUAGCCCAUUAUAACUUACGAAGUCUUUACAUAUUACGAUCGCUGUUGGUUUUGAUUUUGGAAACUAUCUCCUGUUACUGUGGUCUUCUCACUGAAAUGUUAAGUGAGAUGCUGGUUCCCCCUCUCCUUUCUGUUUGUGUUUGUUUCCUAAUGCCUCUUAUAGAGAAGCCUACCGGGCUGACUAUGACUACAGUUGCUGCCUGCUAGAUCUCAGGUGAUGGGAAGGAGUUCCAUGUUGGAGAGCUGGAAAAGAAAGUGCAUUCACUGGCCACCCUGGGCUCUACUGGGGUUGUCUCUGCUCCCUUACCACCCCCACUUCCCUGAAUUCAAAUGAAUAUUCUCUUUUAAACAAAUAUUUUAAGCAUACUACAUCAAACCUGUCCUUGAGCUGAUGCUAAUUCCUAUGUGAACGCAGAUUUUCUUUCCUAUUUCUAUCCAGCACCCGGGCUGGAUUCAUAGCUCCGAGUCAUGAUGGGGUCUCCAUAUAGCUCUGUGCUCGCAUGUGUUUUUACCUCUUCCUGGAAUGCUUUUUUUUUUUUCUCAUCCACUGGGUUAACUCCCACUCAUCUUCAAAAUUUAGCUCAAGCAACACCUUUUUUUUAAAUUUUUUAUCCUACACGUAUGCCCCUACACACGCACAUACUCCCUGCACCCUCACAGGCUGCAGUCCCAUUUGUUCAUCCUACUGACAGCUAUUAGCACACGAUUUGUGCCUAACACAUAGUAGGCUACACACACAUACACAACAAGCAAAUGAACGGUAAUGGUUAAAGUGUAAUAACUGCGUGGGCGGUGCCGAGUCUGUGCUUCGGGGACCUAAGAGCAGAACGCAGGGAGUGCCUCUCCCUCGUGCUGGAAGGAUUCACUUGCUGAGUGCAGUCGCACCAGCCAUCACUGCCAGUACAGCACUCCUUACCUGCUGCUCCGAUUCUGUGGGAAGCCAGAGCUGCAGCUUUUAAUGAAGACAUCCUCGGCCCCCAGAGGCUAGAGAUCGUGCCAUCCUUUUACUCUCAUGUAUAUUAGAACUUGUGAGCUUUCAGUGAGUAUUAGGCAGCAGCAGUGUAUGCCUCCUGCCUCUUGCCUUGAGCUGACACCAGGAGGACAGUUUUACUCAGUCUUCAGCCCAUCUGCUUUCUAGAAACUCCAGAAAAGCCUCUGCAGUUUGGGUGACUGUCUUCCUAGAUAAGCAGAAGGAUGUGGGGAGGGAGACGGUCAGGGCCACAGACGUAAGAACUGACAGGAGUCUGUAGGUGUCUGCGGGGAGACAACGAGAAGGGACUCCAAGGACACUGAAUUGACACACUGGAUUCCUAAAGCAAGAGGCAGCAGAGAACAACUGGACCACCUGGGGCUUGGGUUUCGUCAAAGACCUGCAGAGGGGACGGAUAAACCUGAUCUUGUCCACAGCGCCAUGGGGGUGUUGAUGUCCAAGCGGCAGACGGUAGAGCAGGUGCAGAAGGUGAGCCUUGCUGUGUCAGCCUUCAAGGAUGGGCUGCGGGACAGGCCUUCCGUUAGACGUGGGGGUGAGCCCCCAGGGUCCCGCCGUGGCACUGUGGAGGGCGCCGUGCAGGAAGUGCAGGAGGAGAAGGAAGCAGAGACGAGUGGCCCCGUGGUCCAGGAGGAGAGCAGUAUCAACCGGGCGGCCUGGGAGCGCCUGCGAGACGGGCGUGGAGUUGAGCCUGAGGAGUUUGACAGGACCCGUCGAUUCACACCCCCUGCCUUCAUCCGUCCCACCCGGAAGCUGGAUGACGACAAGCCUCCAGAGAUCUGCCUGGAACCUCGGGAGCCUGUUGUCAAUGAUGAGAUGUGUGAUAUCUGCGAGGUCUGGACUGCCGAGAGCCUCUUCCCAUGCAGAGUCUGCACCAGGGUUUUCCAUGACGGUUGCCUGCGCCGCAUGGGCUAUCUCCAAGGGGACAGUGCAGCGGAGGUGACCGAGUUGGCCCAUACAGAAACGGGCUGGAGCUGCUACUACUGUGACAACCUUAACCUGCUGCUCACUGAGGAGGAGAUGUACAGCCUCACAGAGACCUUCCAGCGGUGUAAGGUCAUCCCCGAUUGUUCCCUGACACUGGAAGACUUUGUGCGCUACCGUCAUCAAGCAGCAAAGCGAGGGGACAGCAGCAGGGCCCUGAGUGAUGAGCAAGAGGAGCAGGCGGCUCGCCAGUUUGCAGCCUUGGACCCUGAGCAUCGCGGCCAUGUGGAGUGGCCUGACUUCUUGUCCCAUGAGUCCCUCCUGCUGCUGCAGCAGCUGCGUCCCCAGAACUCCCUAUUGAGGCUUCUUACAGUCAAGGAGAGGGAACGGGCCCGAGCCACCUUCCUGGCACGGGGCCAUGGGAGCACCAUCAGUGAGGCAGAGUGCCACCAUGCCCGGCACUCUUGGUUCUGUAAACGCCCUGCAGAGGCUCCUUCGUGCAAUGUCAGUAUUAGCCAUGUGGGUCCCAUAGCAGACAGCAGCCCAGCCAGCAACAGCAGCAAGAGUCAGGAUAAGGCCCUGCUGCCCGCAGAGCAGGCAUCUAGAUCUGUGGACUGGCCCACCUUCCUAAGAGAGAAUGUCAUCUACAUCUUGGCUGCUCGUCCUAACAGCACAGCAAUUCACCUGAAACCCCCAGGAUAGUGCGGGGCACACAAGCUUGGUUCUGGGACGGUGGCACCCUCUUCCUCCUUCCCUUUCUCUGUCCUUUACCAGCCUCUGGCAUGGAGACUCAUGGGAAUGGGACACUGCCAACAUCUUAUUUUGUCAUUAAGCUUUAUGGCACUGAAGCCGCCGCUCCUCUCACAACAGAGGCGGUAUAUGUCAAUCCACUGAGAAGCCCCGAGAGCCAUAGCGUCACCUGCUACUGGACCGCCUCCUUCCCUCACGUCACAAAACUACCUGCCACCCCAUGUACAUAUAUGUGCACAUGCACAUACAGCCACAUACAUGCCUAGAUAUCCAUGCCUUCAAACUCCUGGUUCGCUUCUCAAUGGAAAAGGACCAAAAUCCCUUUGUGAAACUCCUGGUAUAGAUGAGAUAGUCUCUUCUCACUCUUUUUAUUGGCCAGUCCUUGUUUCCAAUAGAAAGAGGGAACAGAUCAAACUCCUGCCCCUCCAGGAGAUGCUGAGAGGUCCCCUGCCCACACUGAAACUUCUUCAGUGAUGAGCCACUGUUAUUCCUAAGUGUGCUGUGGUAUGCUGUGGUGGGAGAACACUUAAAAAUCAUCCCAAUUCCUUAUGAUAGAAAAGGACAAAAGCUUGUUGAUUCUUGACUAGAGAAAGUGGAGAGAGCCUCUCACAGGGACCCAGAAUUCUAGGCACUUUUUAACCAGAUCAUCCAACUUCACAAGUCCUUAGAACAGGAAAGCCAAGGUGAGAUUCCUGGUCCCUGUUUGUCAAAUGGCAUCACAUGGUCUAAAGCCCUAGAGACCCAAGUGAAGCAGGUACACUGGCAAGCAUCGCAGUCCUCUGUGCGAGAUGCCUCAGCCUCUCUGGCUGCCUCGGAGGCCGAGGAGGACAGUCUCAUGGAAGAGAAGAGAAAGCUCAGACUUUUCCUGCCUUCCAGCCUAACUCAGCCACAGACAUAGAAACACGGCAUUACAUGGAACGGAAGCCAGCCUCUUACAUAGCCUAAAGAUAUUCCUAUCUGAAGAAUCCCUAAGUGGUUGUGCUGAAAAAGAGAUUUGUAUCUCAACUGUCAAGAAGUCCUAGUCAGCAUCAGAAGGGGGAAAGCUGCCCUUCUCCCAUCGCCUUGGUUGCUACUUCUGUCAGCUGCUCACUCUAUGUCUUCUCCUCUGUGCUAGGAACCAGGGCCAGCUUGAGAGGGCUCUGUGGACAGAGAGUGCUGCGAGCCUACCAAGUCUGGCCUGCAAGUUCGCUCAGCCCCAUUUCCCAGCUCUGAGGCUUUCAAGUCAGUGCAUGGUGUGUGUAAGCCCCAAGACCUAGGGUUCCAGGUUCUGGAUUUCUUUUUCCAUGACUUCGGCCUGGCCAGUUCUGACAACAAGCUCUUCAAGAGAGCUGAGCUGACUUGUGCAGAAGCGUGCACCAUCUCCAUUUCUGAAAGCACUCACUCUCAAGAGGAUGGUUACAGAAGGAGCUUACCGCGCGGGCAUCUGCAGCCAGGGCAUCGCUAAGAGCCCUGCAUGGUCUCUUUCUGUAGGAACUGCCUGACCUACAAUCAGGGUAUUAAACUGCUGGAGACAAAUUAUUUAGGACUAAUACACACAGCUUUUAAAAACUACUACUUCAAGCUGGGCAUGGUAGUACAUACCCUUAAUCCCAGUACUUGGGGAACAGAGGCAGGUAGGUCUCUAUGAGUUGAAGGCCAGCCUUCAACUCUAAAUAGCAAGUUCUGGACCAGCCAGGAUUACAUAAAUGAGACUUAGUAUCAAAAACAGUGAAAACUCCUCGGCCAUGUUCCCAGGGCUGAUCAGUAAGAUGGCCCAUUACUGAAUGGAGUCAAAAACAAAAACAAAGCACAAAGCUCCUGGGCUCAUGGACUGUGUCUGCAGCAGCCAGGCUUGGGGUUUUCCAUUGAGAAGAUUAAAGCAUGUUAAAUUUAAGGGCUCUUGCUCACUCUCCUGAUGAGUCAUCAUCUAUCUCUGGCUGUAGGCUGCUGAACCUCACAAGACAUUUUGAACAGGCUUUGGGAACUGGACAGUGUUUUUCUGCUACUCCCCAGCUAUGGACACUUGCUCCAUGGUCCUUUACAGAUCAAUACCAUGCUUACCACUUUGGAGCUGCUGUUUCUUGCUCCUGCUGCUGAAUAGCAGAAGACCACAGGCCAAAUCAGGCUGGCUGGGUCCUGAAGCUUGCAACAGACCAGGCCUGUUUGGGAUCACAUAGGACAGCUGGCCUCUUCUCCAUAAGCAUCUGUUGUACCAAAUCGAGGGAUCAUUGCUCCGUAGUCCAUUGUUACAGAAGCUCAUCCCAAACCAAUGUCCAUAAUCUCUCCUGAAGUCCCCUGCAGUGUAUAUAAAGGUGCACUUUGAUCUACCUAGUUAUAAUCCCUUUCCAAGCCUUUCUAUCACUGUGACUGUCUGAAAUUCUGCCAAGUACAAAGAUUAAUGCCUGGCUCUGGUGAGGGUAUGAGAAAGUGUUUUAAACUUUUCCAUCUUGGCUGCCAAAAAUUAAGAUCAAUGCUUUUCCCAACAAUGUCCAUCCUGAACUCCAACCAAGAAAGGCUUGGGUUACAUAUAUGCUUCUCUAAAGACCACUUGCCCCAAGCCUGGUUCUCGUCCAGCAGUUCUCUUCCAUGCAUUCAUAAUUAAAUAAGUGGACAUCAGGAUGACAGCAGGGACAGAGUUGCUGAGAGUGGCUUAUCUCUGCAUAACCUUUCCAGGUCUGUUCCUUGGCCUCCUCCCCUGAGGCCAACCGUCCCCAGCAAAACAUUUAACAGGCACUCCUGUGGUAUCCCAGGGGUGGAGCAGUUUCCUCACUCCUCGGUACUGAUCCAACUGAAGUGCCCUUCCGUUGAGGAUAGCUGCAGCAGAAGCCAUGACUAUAUUGCCUCUUCCUCCCCCAGCCCAACCAGUGGGCUGGUGGGGUAGACACUUGCCUUUCUGGCCCUAGCACUCCCUAUGGGAGGCCACCUGGACCUUGUUUAAAUGGCCAAGUCUUGGAGUUGCCCCAUUCCUAUCACCAAAACAGAAAGCACAGAAUUCAACUGCCUGGGAAGAGGGCACUUCACUGGGAAGUGAGUUCCAGGGUUGUCCCAUGCCUUAGCCCAAAGCACAACAGUCAUUACAGACAUCUCAGUUUCCAAAAGUGCAGAAGAUACUAGUGCUAAGAGAAAGGCUCAGAAGAAACUGGUAGGGGCCCAUCUAACCAUGACUACCCAAGAGUCAAAAGUAGGCAACCUUGGGGCACAAAACUUGAGCUGGAAGCAAGCUUUGGUAUUCUGUGUCUCCUUCCAGCCAGCAGAGUAAAAAUAACACACAGUCAUGCACUGCAUAUGUAUAAAAAGAGACACAGGUAUAUGGGGUCAUUCAGAGACCAGAGCAUGGAUAAUAGUGUCAGGUCUUGUCUGGAUCAAUGAUUAAGAAGCCCAAUUCCAUUCUGGAAAUCUAUUCUGAGAACUGUGUCCUUCGGCAAGUUCUUUAUAGUGCAAGCAUCGAAGAGUGUGCUCUUACACAGGCUGAGACAGCUACCAUGUUACUGGGCAGUAUAACUUACAGGACCAGCAUUGUGCGUGCCAUCUGUUGUUGGCUGAAAUGUCAGUAUGUGGCACAUGACUAUUCUGUACUUGGCACUAAAAGGCAAAACAACCUUGAUGCCAAAAUUUCAGAGCAUCCUGGCAGCACCUGCAACAAUGGCCCCUUUCUAACCUGCCAUUUACAGUGAAGUCAAAUCAUCAUGUUCUCUUUGCCAUCUGGGUUUAACUUGCUCACUAUAUCUCUCUUGGUCCUGGUUGCAGCCCAGACAACGGAGAUCUUAAGUGGGCAUGAUCAGCAUAUGGUCUGGUUCCAUAGCUCAGCCCUGGAAUAGGGUGCGGCCGAGCAUCCCUCGUGCUGUUUCUUGUCUGUUCCCGUUAUUUUUGGCAUCCUUAUAAAGAUGAUAGGUUACAGAAUUCCCCCUAGACCAACAGUAAAGAAAAGCUGCAUGCCCUAAUGGCCCACAGCAUGGAGAAGAGUGUCAGGUCUUAUCUAGACCAAUGAUUAAGAAGCCAAAUUCCAUUCCAGUUUAUAAUAGAAAGGGUUGGCCUUUCCCUAUCCGUAAUCAGCGAAGACCUUCAGGUCUAGCCUCCAAUCAUUAAUGGAUAUCCUUGGUUUGUUUCCAGCCAAACAGACUGGGAGGGAGGCUCUGAGAGCCCAUAAGUCACUGAGGAUCUGAGGCCCUCUGGUUUCUCAUGACCUCCCCGUGUAGUUUUCUGCUGAAGCUAAUGCGACAGUAAUCGGAGGGGAGUGACCCCGAGCCCCAUACUCCUGCCUACAGCUGCAUGCUCCCCCUGUGGCUCAGCCUUCACAGUGCUCCAGGCCGGAGCUCCCUGAGGCUGGGCACUGCAGAAACCAUAAUAAACAGAUUGUGAUGUUGUU